AUGAAUAUUCCACAACGUUUAGCACCGAAACGUAAAAAUGUUCAAGAUUUUACAUUAUCCGUUGUAAAUGAAUCAAAUUUAAUAAAUGAAUCUAUGCCAUCAUCAUCUAAACGUCAAAAAAAAGUAACUGAAAAACGUCUUCGUCGUUAUCGAGCAACAAUGACUGUUGCUAUUUAUGACCGUAUUGAUCGUGCUUUAAAUCAACGACUUUAUUUACUUGCCAUAACAAAAUCAUCAAAUGAAUCAAUCUAUCGAGAAUUUAAAGUACUUGGACAAACAGCUAAUGUUUAUACAGUUACUAUUACUCAUAUACCGUCAUGUACUUGUCCAGAUUAUGCUAAAGGAAAUUUAUGUAAACAUAUUAUAUUUAUUUUACAUCGUGUACUCAAAGUUGAUCGUAAUUCACCGUUAAUUUAUCAACAAGCAUUACUUACAACUGAAUUAAAUGAAAUAUUUACUAAAGCUGAUUUACAAAACAAUGAUUCAUCUGUUCUUGCUGAACAACCGAUUCGUGAAGCUUAUUAUGCUAAAACAGGUGAUCCCAAUGUUAUUUUAACUUCAACAAAUGUUACACAAAAAAUAAUUGCAGCAGAUGAUGAAUGUCCAAUUUGUUUUGAAUCAAUGAUAAAUGAUGAAAAUAAUAUUAUAUUUUGUUCAACAUCAUGUGGAAAUAAUAUGCAUAAAAAUUGUUUCGAAAAAUGGCGACAAGCAAAAUCGUCUAUAAAUGAAUUAGUUACAUGUCCAUUAUGUCGAAUUGAAUGGAAAACUGUUAUUGAAAAAAAUAUUGAUCCUAAAGGUUAUCUUAAUUUAGCUGCUUAUUCAACAACAAAUGAUUAUGAGGAAGAAAUUGAUGAUGAGUGGAUGUUUCUUAAUUAUUGGUAA